AUGGAGGAUCUCAAAAAUAAACAAUGGGUUGUACCAGCUAUUCGACAUAUUCACGAGUUGUUAAAACAAAAUGAUUAUCCAACAUUUAAACGCAAUGAUAUGAAUCUGAUAUCGUUAUUAGUUGAUGGAAACGAUUUAAUAUUAUAUUUAAUUCAAAGUUUAACAACAUGUCAACAAGAUGUAUGGGAAAAAACUGAAGGUGAAGUGAAAAUUGAUACAUUGGUUGACGGACGUUUUACUUAUGAAGAAUCAAUCAAAUCACAUCUAGAUUUAUUAUCGUUUUUAUUAAAAAAAGGCAACAUGUUUUUGAUAUUGCGCCGUGCAGAAGAACUGUGGGAUGUACUGGUAACUCAUGAAAAAUGGUCACCGUUUACUCGUGAAAUUGGUUUAGAUUGGUUUAUUGGAAAUGUUGACGAACUUAAUGCGGAAACUCGAAUGGCAUUAUUCAAAAAUCGUAUAUCAAAAUUCAAUUUCAACAAAAGUUAUCAAUGUUACAAAUUAUAUUUUGAGCAUUGUGAAAUAAAAUAUCGUCAAAGCAAUGCAUAUUCAAUUACAGGGAAGAUUGAUUCGACUAAACUUGAAAACGCACGUUUACGAGCUAGACUAGCACAAUUAGAAGAAGAAAAUUCGCAGUUGAAAGUAAAUACCGAACUAAAUUAUUAAAAAACUAUGAAAAAGUCUUUGCUUCUCUAAAUAUAACAAACUUUUUACUAUGUAUUUCUAGUCAAGAUGAAAAUCUUUAUUGUUGCUUACUCAUUCUUUUAAUAUUCUAGAUAGUUUUCACU